GACCCCUCCCCAUCUCCCUAUCCUCUUGCCUCUGCCUCCCAAGGUCUGUGAUUAUGGGGUGGGGGUGGUACAGCACACAGCAUAUGCAACACCAGGGCCUAAAGCAUGACAGGCAAGUACCUGCCAACUGAACGGUGUCUCCAGCUCCUAACCCAUUUCCUCUUUUUAAAAAAACGCUGCAAUGCAAGGGCCUGUGUGGACCAGGUAAGUGGUCCACCACUGAGCCGCUUUGCCUAAGCAUGUGGUUCUAACUGCUGCCAUCUCUUCUGCAGAAAAAUCUUCUAUAUAGGCAGGCUUGGUGGUCUAUGCCUCUAACCACAACUCAGGAGGCAGGGGCUGGAGAUCAGCAGGUCUUACAACUACACAGUGAGCCUGGGCUACACAGACUGUCCUCAGCCAACACCCCUCCCUACCCAGGGAGGAAAAAGACCCUUUCCUAAUCCUCAGCUUUGAAUUAGAAAGCUUUCCAAUGUUCUAUCUCAUACUUUUCCUACCCCCACAUCCGGGACUGCCCUUGCCUCUUCCCCAUUCCCAUCAAAUAUUACAGGUCGCCGUUAAGUUAGCAACUUAGCCCGAAGCAGACACUGGGUACCUGUGUGUCCCGUGCUGCCUGCUUUACUCUGAGGCAGGAACCUCCUUUUCCUGUGUUACAGUUGAGAGAACUGAGCUGCAGUGAUUGUGGGCAAGCUCAGUAUCAAGUGAAGGUCAAAGCUGAGCCAGCUGUUGGUUUUAAGACAGGGUCAGGCUAUGUAGGCCAGGCAGGCAGUCCUCCUGCCUCAGCCUCCCAAGUGCCAAUGUUAGGAGUGUGCUACCACAUUUAGCUUUUGAGCCUGUCUAGCCUUCAAAGACUUUAAGUAAUAACGCUUUGACUCAAAGUAAAAAUGGCCUUAACAAUAACGGAAUAGAAAAGUGGGUCACUUCAGCUGCUCAGUCUCUCAUCCAUCUAGUCCACCCUGAUGUUUGUCCCUGGGAAGUGUUCUCAAGGGUUCAAGGUGUCUGCUCAAGUGUUCCAUCAUCACAUAGAGGGCCAUUUCGAGCCAGAAAGCAACCUCCUCUCCUCUUGUGUGUCUCCUUCUGAGGAGCUAAGGCUAUUCCACAGGGCCCCUCCUAGCUACAAGAGUGCCAGAAGCCCAGGCUCACAAUCUAGACUGUUAAAAACUUUGCUUUGUUUAAAAAAGUAAAGUUGGCUUGCCUGCUGGUCUUAAUCCUUUAUCCUUACAUGACUCUCCUUCCCUGAACCCUCUGAGUGGGAGCACACCCCCGACUCCUCACAGGGUUACCACUCACCCACAUUCCCUGUGUCAGAAGCCGAGGCAUCCUCGUGAGGCCUUAGUCACCACUCCUUUCACCUACCUUCUCGAGACCGCUGACCCUCAGAGUCUUGGGUUUCUCUGUGUAGCCCUGGCUGUCCUGGAACUCACUCUGUAGACCAGGCUGGCCUCAUCCUCUUGCCUUCCACCCAGAGGCUUUCGCAGCUGUUCCCCUCAGCCUCUGCCCUUUUCCAAGUGACAGAGCGGCACCCACUCCGGGAAGACCAGGAAGCUCCUCUCCACCACCUCUGCUGGCUUUACCCCAGCAAUCCCCACUCCAGGGAGUGGGGGGUGGGCCUUCAUUCGCCAACUCUCGGCCCCGCCCCCUCCCUCCUGCCCCAUAGCCCUGGACACAGUACACAGGGCCCAGAGUCCCUCCUGGAAGGGAAAUAAAAGGAACUGCGCCAGUUCCCAUGGCUGUGGUCAACACUUCCAUCCCAGGGCUCAGCGGCGAGAAUCCGCAUUAUAUUCCAGGGUACACCGGACACUGCCCGCUACUUCGGUUCAGCAUGGGCCAGACCUAUGGGCAGGUGACUGGUCAGCUACUCCGAGGCCCUCCUGGUCUAGCCUGGCCUCCUGCCCACCGCACACUUCUGCCUCCCAUCCAGUCUCCAAGAUCUCCUGUGAUCUCCAAGGGGAGGCUGCCUCCCAGGCGCGGGCAUGAAAGGCUCAGCUCCAGCAUAAUCCCUGGGUAUACAGGUUUUAUACCACGGGCACAGUUCAUUUUUGCCAAGAACUGCAACCAGGUUUGGGCUGAAGCUAUGAGUGAAUUUACACGAAGGCACGGGGAGCAAGAGAGCCAUCAACUGCCAGACGGAGCCAAGGGAGAGAGAGAAGUGGAAGAAGACCAGCUGCGGGAGGCAGAGGAGCCACCGCUGAAGCAGGAGUUGGCACAUGCUUCCCCCUACUCCAUGGAUGAUACAGAUCCCCACAAGUUCUUCAUGUCAGGUGAGAGGAAGUGGGUAGCAACCAAAGGCGAGGGGAGACCGCAGGACGUCUUGACUCAGCAUCUCCCCCACCCCCAGGUUUCACGGGCUAUGUGCCCCGUGCCCGCUUCCUCUUUGGCUCCAGCUUCCCUGUGCUUACCAACCAGGCAUUGCAGGAAUUUGGGCAGAUGUGCUCACGGGGCCGGGCGCACAAGGACCCCAAACCUCUCUCCCCACUUCCCAGGCCCACGUUUCAGAAUCUGGGUCUCCUACCUCACUACGGAGGCUACGUGCCAGGUUAGAAGAGCCCGUGAGGGGCUCCGGGAACUGCGGUGUGUGUGCGGGUGGGGGGUGCUUUGGCAACGGGAAUUAACAGACACGGAGAGAUGUCCGACCCUGGGAUUUAGCUUUAGAGAGGAAACUCUGAGGCAGUUCAGUGGGGAGUUGGGAGCAGAUUUUAAAGGGCAGUUUGGAGGGUCGACGCAACUGGCUUUUUCAUGCCUCUGGCUAUAUACAUGUCAGACUCUUGGCCACGCAGGAUAUAAGUUCCAGUUUGGCGGUACAUUUGGGCAUCUUACCCAUGAUGCUCUGGGCCUCAGCAUUACUCAGAAACAGCUCCCGGCCUAAGUACCUGGAUUCCAAGUUCUCCCUUCUCAUCCUAACCCAGUGAACCUUUUGGAAUGAAGAGAGGUGGGUCGGGGAGGGGCACAAAGAAAAUGGCUUGGAGGCUGAGCACCUUUUUAUUAUUAGGUGUAAUAAAUAAAUAAUAAAUAAAUAAAUACAUACAUAAACAGAA